AAGAAGCCCAAAUCCCCUCUUUUACCUCCGCAUUCUUUCUUGUGCGUCUCUGCUCCUGUUUCCCCUCCUCCUUUGGUUUGAGAAAUUUGCACCGCUUCUCUCUUCGCUCUGUAAGCUAGGCCGCCUACAGGUCGCCACCGUAUCUCCCAAUGCUCAGGAUUGUGAAGCAUCUUCGGCUCGCAAAUCGAUCUUUGGUGAGAUGUGGGCUGCCAGUGCUAUCGCCUCCACUCACUGAGGGUCUUCAGCAUCAGCAUCUUCCACUCCUUCAACAGUCGUUGACGAUUUAUCAAAGAUGUCUAUUUUCAACAACUACCACUGCUUCUGCAAAUCAAGGAGAAUCAAAAUCAAAAACUUCUGAAAAAGCUAAUUCUGAUGAAGGGAGCAAGUCCGGGGAAUCACAUGAAAGCAGUAAUGCUGGAAAAUCUGUCCGUGGAGGGCCUGUUUCGUGGUUGAGCUUUUUGUUGCUCAUAGCAACCGGGGCAGGAAUCAUCCUCUACUAUGACAAGGAAAAGAGACAGCAUAUUCAAGACAUAUUUAAUGCAUCCAAGGAGGUAAAGCAAGGACCAUCUGCGGGAUUAGCUGCUAUUGGAGGUCCAUUCAAUCUUAUCAACCACGAUGGGAAGCGUGUAACUGAAAAAGACUUUCUGGGGAAAUGGACGUUAAUCUACUUUGGUUUCACUCACUGCCCUGAUAUCUGCCCAGAUGAGUUACAGAAACUAGCCACUGCAGUUGAUAAAAUAAAGGAAAAUGCAGGAAUUGAGAUAGUCCCUGUGUUCAUCUCUGUUGAUCCUGAAAGAGAUACUGUUGAGCAAGUCCGUGAAUAUGUCAAAGAGUUUCAUCCAAGGUUGAUUGGGUUAACGGGUAACUCGGAUGAGAUACACAGUGUGGCCCGUGCCUAUCGUGUAUAUUAUAUGAAGACAACAGAAGAAGAUUCAGAUUACCUUGUUGAUCAUUCCAUAGUCAUGUACUUGAUGAGCCCUACCAUGGACUUUGUUAAAUUUUUUGGGAAGAACAAUGAUGUUGAUUCACUUGCUGAUGGCAUAACCAAAGAGAUAAAGCAGUACAAGAAAUAGAGGCAGAGGCAUAGUUUCUGUUCAUUCCCAACUAAUAACAUUUGUACACUUUAAUUUAUCUUUUGAGUACAGUGGUCAUUCCUGUAUUUCCAUUUCUUGAUGUUUCUGAUUCUAGUUAUAUUGUAGAACAGUAGAAGGAUUAGUAGGCGGGAAAGAUUACUAUGAAAUGAAAGGUUCUAGAUGAAGAGCCUAUUUUGAAACUUAUGAGUUGUUCCAAGAGCAGUUUUUCGGGUUUGGCAAGGUUUGCUGGUUGAGCUUAUUGGCAUGGAUAUCUUAUGUUGUCUAGAUACCAGAGUAAAUGAAAUACCAGAGUAAAUGAAAUAUUUUUAAUUC